CGUUUGUAUUGAAGCAUUUACGAGGUUUAGCCAUGACGUCAUGGGCCUAGCUUGGGUUUUUAUCAGAGUCUCUGGAAAGCUAGUAUUAGCAUCGCCAAGGAAGAGAGCGGCUGGACGUGACAAAAUAAUAUAAUGGGGAUAGAAGAGGAAGCUGAUCGAACGCUUUUUAUUAGGAACUUGGAUGCACGGGUGACAGAGGAGCUUUUAUUUGAACUGUUCUUACAGGCAGGACCUCUGAUCAAAACAAAAAUCCCCAAAGAUGUGGAUGGCAAACAGAAGACUUUCGGCUUUGCCGUGUACAAACACGAGGUGUCGGUGCCCUAUGCCAUGCAGCUGCUCAACGGGACGUCUUUGUUCGGGAGAUCGAUACAUGUGCAGUUCCGAUCGGGUAGCAGCCAUAGCAAUAGUACCGGGAACUUAAGUCCGACAAGUACCCCUGAUCCCCACGGCCUGAGGAUGCCACCCCAUUUCACCUCUCCUCCUUACACUCCUCCAGCCUCAAUACAAAGGUCUUUUUUGUCCCCUGACAGCCUGCAGAAGCAUGCCAUGAUGAACAACAUGAUGUGUCAGCAGCUGGAUGACGACUUCUCCAAGCAGAGGCAUCCGCCUGCAGGGGGCAGGGGCAACUUCAGGCAGUACGACAGCGCCCCCUACCGGCCCUACUCAUCCCAAGCGGACAGCUGCAGAAGAAACCAGCGCUACCCGGACGACACAGGCCACCAUCAGCAGCACAGGAACAACUACAACCAGGAGCAGAAUACCUGGAGGGGUGGCAACCGUCACGGGGGCAGCAGGCAUCACGAUGACAGGGGCGGUAACCGUGGUUACCAAGAUAGUAGGUGGAGACGGUACUGACGGGGAAAGCAUCAUUGAAAGAGACUCAUAUAUGUCAUCGUGUGGCCAAUUUCUAGCGUACACUCAGGUUGUUUUCUACAUCACUUAAGAAGAUUUGGUGUCUUAAUUUUUUUUAGUUUGUUUUUACAGUGUUUUUAAAUUUCUACUUAAUCAGGCCAAGAACAGGAAAAAAAGACAUUGCUUAAAAAGCCUUUUGGUCUGUUUUUAUACUACAAAGAAUAUGUAAAUGGUGCUCAGAGCAGCUACACAAUGUUCAGGUAAUUUGCAAAAAAAAAAAUCCAGCUACCAGCACCACUUUUUUCCACAAACGUUCCUCUUUUUUUUUUUUUUUAAAGAAACUUUUAUUUUGUAAGACCAACUGGGAAUGUUUUAACUGAUCAUCAUGAA